AUGAACAGCGGAAUUGGGAGCUCUGUGGCACUUACCAGCGGCGGCACAAUCGCAUCAAAACGUCGCGUUGCAUACUUUUACGAUGCUGAGAUCGGAAACUACCACUACGGCCAGAACCACCCCAUGAAGCCGCAUCGCGUGCGAAUGGCCCAUAAUCUAAUCACCAAUUACGGCCUUACCAAGCACAUGGAAGUCUUCCGUCCUCGUCUUGUAGACUGGACUGAGCUCACCCGCUUUCACUCGGAUGACUAUAUUCACUUCUUGCGACUCGUAACGCCCGACAAUAUGCAUGAGUAUUUGCGUCAGCUUCAACGCUUUAAUGUGGGUGAAGAUUGUCCGGUCUUUGAUGGCCUUUUUGAGUUUUGUCAGCUUUACGCAUCGGCUUCAAUCGGCGGCGCCGCAAAGCUGAAUGCGGGCUCGGCCGAUAUUGUCAUCAACUACUCAGGCGGACUGCAUCAUGGCAAGCGGUCGGAAGCAUCUGGGUUUUGUUACGUGAAUGAUUGUGUGCUUGGUAUAUUAGAGCUACUCAAGAGUCACCAGCGCGUAUUGUACAUCGACAUUGACAUUCACCACGGUGAUGCUGUGGAAGAGGCCUUCUACACUACAAAUCGUGUGAUGACAUGCUCGUUUCACAAAUACGGAGAAUUUUUUCCCGGCACAGGCGAUAUCAAAGAUAUUGGUCAUGAAGACGGCAAACAUUAUGCUGUAAAUUUUCCUUGUCGAGACGGCAUGGAUGACGAAAGCUUUACAGGUAUAUUUCGUAGUAUUAUUUGUAAAGUAAUGGAGCACUUUGCGCCAGGUGCUGUGCUUCUGCAGUGUGGUACCGAUUCUCUUUCAGGUGAUAGACUUGGCAGCUUCAACCUAUCAGCAAAAGGCCACGCCGACUGCGUUGCUUAUGUUAAAAGUUUCAAUAUCCCCACUCUAGUUGUUGGUGGUGGAGGAUAUACACUGCGCAAUGUAGCACGUGCGUGGUGCUACGAGGCUUCGCUACUAGUCGGUGUAGACAUCCCGGAUGCGAUGCCAUACAACGAUUAUUUUGAAUAUUACGGACCAGAAUACCGCUUGCACUUGCCCGUAAGCAACAUGGAAAAUCUUAACACUCCAGCAUACCUUGAUGAGAUUAAGCGUCAGAUCCAUGAAAAUCUUCGCCAGAUCGAGCAUGUUCCAAGUGUGCCUUUCACGGUUGCUCCACAGUCGGCACAUAUUCAAGAGGAAAACGAAGCAGCUGCACGCGAUCAUGAAGAAGACGAUCAACUCAUGAUGGAUGUGUCGGGUGAGCGCCAAGUCCAACAAGAGCUUAAGCAAAUUGACGUUCCCCGUCAUGCUGCCGAGUUCUAUGACUAA